UAAACUAUUCAGAUGUAUUUUAACGGCUAAGAUUGAUUACCAUAUAAAAUUCUCACGUAGCUGUUGUCGCCUAAUCUGAGCGGGAGAAGGGAAAUGAAUGAAAGUUCCGGACGCUUCGUGUACCAAAAAGACCCAAUAAUACAAACGUAGGAUGAGACAGGCAGAACCAGAUCCGACGGUUUGAAUUAAAAUUAGACCCUUUUCAUUUCCCUUCACCCACCCACACUUCACUCGACUCAGCAUCCUUAAUUUUACUCCCCUUUUCAAUAUCGCCACCCUUAUCCCUCUCCCCUCCUCUCUUCCCCCCUCUCCUCUCGAGUCUCCGAAACUCUAUCUCCAAUGGCCAAUGUCCUCCGAACUUCUCCUUUAGGGGCAACUUUUGCACAACUUCCUUCCACUCUCUCGCCAAACUCCCCAAAACCUUCAUAUGUUUCGUUUAGACAAAGCCAGAGCGGCAGCAUACCUUAUCUCACUCUAAGCUCUCUCCGGUUCCCUCACUUGCCGUCCCUCCGGUUCGCCAAGUUCGUUCCUUUGGCUUCCCAAGGAGAAACCGAAACUACUGAGACCGUGGAGGAGGUUCGACAGCCCGAAGAGAUCGAGGACUCUUCAGAUGGUGCAGUAAGUGUGGAAGAUAGUACAAGCGACGGCGAAGAAAGUGGUACAAGUAAUGAUGAUGAAGGUGAUGCUGAGGAAAAGCCUGUUUCAGCCAUCAUAGCAUCACUGCAAUUAUACAAAGAAGCUUUGGCCAGUAACGAUGAAUCAAAAGUAGCUGAGAUAGAAUCUUUCCUCAAAUAUAUUGAAGAUGAGAAAAUAAGUCUUGAAAAGAAAGUGGCCUCAUUGUCUGAAGAACUGUCAGCAGAGAAGGUUCGGAUUCUGAGGAUAAGUGCAGAUUUUGAAAAUUUCCGUAAAAGGACUGAUAGGGAACGUAUUUCUCUGGUAACAAAUGCUCAGGGGGAAGUUGUGGAGAGUUUGUUGCCCGUAGUAGAUAAUUUUGAGAGGGCUAAAACCCAGAUUAAGGUGGAGACAGAAGGAGAGGAGAAGAUCAACAAUAGCUAUCAGAGCAUUUAUAAACAGUUCGGAGAGAUCUUAAGCUCUCUUGGUGUUGUCCCUGUUGAGACAGUGGGGAAGCCCUUUGAUCCAUUGUUGCAUGAAGCAAUCAUGCGUGAGGACUCCACAGAAUUUGAAGAAGGUGUUAUAAUCGAUGAAUUUCGCAAGGGGUUUAAGCUUGGUGACAGGCUUUUGCGUCCGUCGAUGGUAAAGGUAUCAGCUGGUCCUGGGCCUGCCAAGCCAGACCAGCAAGUUCCUCCUUCUGAAGAACAGGAUGCCAGUGAAACCACCAAGGAGGGCAGCACAGAAACAGAGUCAGCUUAAAGACCAGAUACUCAGUCUAGUUUCAGUUUUGUAUCAGCAAUAGUAAGUUCAUUUGUAGUUCAAUCAGUAGGCUAGUAAAUUUUGUUGGGCGUGAUUGUUUCUGGUACCAUAUUACUGUUAAUUUUAUCUUUUUACCGGGAAAAUGAUACCGGUUUGAGGGAAUCAUCAUAUUACUGUUUAACACAUUUGUUUGUGUGUUAGGACAUGAGCACGUGCUGCCUUGAGUACUCAUUUGGAUGUGCUUGAAUGUUUAGUGCUUAGUGCACAAUAUUGUCAAAAUAUCAUUUGGAAUUUUUAUUUGUUGGUGGUUGUGGAGGAACUAAACGUGAUGUACAAACUCAGAGGGUAUUUAGUUGUAGAAAAAUGCCCGACUUGGACCAGCUAGUAGAGGUGGAAAACAAGAAGGUUAGGUAGGUUGUGGUUGAGGAACGAGAGAUAGAGAUAGAAGAAGAAGAAACAGGAAAAGUAGAGGAUUGGGAAACAAAUAAAGAAGCAGGAAUUUUGAGAUGAAAUCAAGGGGCUUUGAUGAGAUUCAUUUGCUGUAACAAUUGGAGUUGCUUGAGAACGAAGAUUCUCACAAUCUGAUUUUCCAUUUAAAAGGAUACAAUGAGUGUAUUUUAUACUUAAGCUGACACAUCAGCUCAACAAACUACAAUAAGUGUAUUUUAUAAUUUCUUUAAUAGCAUUAGAAGAUUGACUUUG